AUGCUAUUGUCAGAGAGAAAUAAAAGCGGAGCUACAUUCACCUUGUUGGGCUUCUCUGAUUACCCAGAACUGCAGGUGCCCCUUUUCCUGAUAUUUGUGGUCAUCUACUGCGUCACGGUUGUAGGAAAUCUCGGGAUGAUUGUAAUCUUCAAAAUGAAUCCCAAACUGCACACUCCUAUGUACUUGUUCCUCAGCCACCUCUCGUUUGUAGACUUCUGCUAUUCCUCCACCGUUGUUCCCAGGAUGCUGGUGAACCUAGUUGCAGAAGACAGAGCCAUUUCAUUUCUAGGAUGUCUCGUGCAAUUCUUUUUCUUUUGUACCUUCGUGGUUAUUGAAUCCAUUUUACUAGCUGUGAUGGCUUAUGACCGUUUUGUGGCCAUCUGUAACCCUCUGCUCUACACAGUCGCAAUGUCCCAGAGACUCUGUGACAUGCUGGUGGUCGGAUCCUAUGCAUGGGGUCUAGCGUCUUCCUUGUUACUCACCUGCUCUGCUUUGAAAUUAUCUUUUCGUGGUUUCAACACAAUCAACCACUUCUUCUGUGAGUUUUCCUCACUUCUCUCAGUUUCUUGCUCAGACACUCACCUGAACCAGUUGCUGCUUUUCAUCACUGCCACGUUUAAUGAAGUGAGUACAUUACUCGUUAUCCUUGCCUCUUACGUGUUCAUCGCCGCCACCAUCUUGAAAAUGCGCACAGCCAGUGGACGUCGUAAGGCAUUCUCUACCUGUGCCUCUCAUCUGACCGCCAUCACUAUCUUCCAUGGCACCAUCCUCUUCCUCUACUGUGUGCCCAACUCCCAAAACUCCAGGCACACAGUCAAAGUAGCCUCUGUGUUCUACACAGUAGUGAUUCCCAUGUUGAACCCCUUGAUCUAUAGUCUGAGGAAUAAGGAUGUCAAGAAUACAGUCAGCAAGAUAAUGCACAUGAAAGCCUUUUCCCAUUGA